CUCUUGUCCAAUAUCGAACUCUUUUUUUUUUCUCAUCGCUCGAUCACACGGGAGGUUUCUACCGCCCGUUGUUUCAAAUCCCGCAGAAAAAAACAUCGGAGUGAGGAUCAUCAUUGUGAUCUUUUCAGACAACAAGUUUCACAUCUUCAAAGCAUUCUCACAGUAGAAUUUAAAAUGGCAGCAAAUGGAUCAAGUAACGGGGCUCCGCGGCCUCGCAAUCCUCUCAGACAUGGCAUCUACUCACCAGUCAUGACUUUCUUCAAUCCGGAUACCGAAGACGUUGACAUUCCUACAUGUCGGAAACAUGUGGUCAGGCUAUGCGAGGCCGGACUACAAGGAAUCAUCGUCAUGGGCUCCAACGGCGAAGCGGUUCACCUUAGCAAAGAAGAAAAAGUGCUCAUCACACGAGAGACGCGCGCCGCACUUGAUGAGGCCGGUUUCUCUCACAUACCUGUCAUCGUUGGCGCAAGCGAGAAUUCAAUUAGAGGCACGGUUGAACUUUGUGAAGAACUUGCCGCAGCUGGAGGCGAAUAUGCCCUGCUUGUUUGUCCAUCCUACUACAGGUAUGCCAUGGAUGAGGACGCGCUGUAUGAAUACUUCACCUCUGUAGCAAGUGGAUCGCCAAUCCCAAUCAUCUUGUACAACUAUCCUGGAGCCGUUGCUGGCAUCGAUAUGGACUCGGACUUCCUGAUCAAAGUUUCCAAACAUCCGAACAUCAUUGGCACGAAAUUUACCUGUGGAAAUACAGGGAAGCUUACGCGCGUGGCACAGGCAACCAACGCGGUGACCCCUGCGUCUCAGGGUUCUGGUUACAUGGCCUUUGGUGGCAUGGCCGACUUCACUGUUCAAACCGCAGCUAGCGGCGGAAGCGGUAUCAUCGCUGGCGGUGCAAAUGUGCUGCCAAAGACGUGCGUCAAAGUGUGGAAUCUAUGGGCUGAAGGAAAGUAUGAUGAGGCCAUCGCAUUGCAGAAGGUGCUAAGCAAGGGGGAUUGGGUUUUGACGAAGAGCGCCAUUCCUGGAACAAAAAGUGCAAUCCAGAGCUACUUCGGAUAUGGCGGCUAUCCAAGGCGACCUCUGAAGCGACUAUCCGACGAGAAGGCCAAGGCUGUUGCAGAUGGAAUUGCCGAAGUCAUGGCGGUGGAGAAGAGUCUUUAGGAACAGGUUUCCUGAUGGCUGAAAAUGGCAUGAAAAUUACGUGCAGCAUUAGGUAGAAUAGACAGUACGUGACAAGAGCAAUCCACGUGAACCUGUUUCUUCUCGUUCAAAUAGUAUAUCGAAACGGGAGUGUGAAACCACUUAGAAAGUGAUCUUCGGAGGUAAAAGAGUCUAAGUUUAGAGCUCGCAUAGCUAAGCCAACAUGAUGACUUUGGUUUUGAAUUAGAAUGAGGUUAAGCCGGACAACGUUAACUAGUGCUAAUGGAAGAAUUCAGCUCAAGG